UCAUCAAUUACGCCAACCAUUGUGAAUCAAUAUCUCAUCAGCCUCUCUCUACUUCUCAAAAUAAAUCUACAUCCUACCAUGAAUCUAGAUCUCAUCAUGAAUCUAGAUCUUACUGUGAAUCUAGAUCUCACCCUACAUCUUACCAUAGCAAACAUGAUCGAUCAUUAUCUCCACUUUAA